GAAGUAGUGUAAUGUGUCAUUAACAAGAUUUUCUAUCCCGACAAUAGUUGGUUUUGGUAAAGGAUAUGUUACCGCUUUGAAAUUAGUGUUUAUUUUUGUGGGUGGUCAUGUUUUCUUCGAGACAGUGGUUUUUUUUUAUGAUGUGAUAGUGGGUGACCUGUAUCGUCUGGAACGGUAGAGAGAGAGAGAGAAUAACUUAGAGGGGCUAACAUCGAUUAAUUGAUGCUGGUUGCCAGUUCAACUUACGGUUGCAGAAACUUUGCAGAUUAAUGGGUCGAUUAUGAAAAAUAAGGAAACGAUGGAGAGAGUACAGUUCAGAGCGGCUGCGGACUGCUUGUUUCGGUGAUCAAAACCCUCGAUGCAAGCGAAACCAACGAGCAGCGGGAGCGGGAAAAGUUGAAGAUUGAGAAGGAGUUCCGCAAGACUGAUCAACGACUGAAUGAACUCGUCUCGCGCAACGAUGGCGACCUCACGCGCGUUAUGCAGCUGUUCGGUAAGGUAUCUACCCAGAUCACCUGCUCGCGGGAAAGGAUACAUGUGGUGAAAGAAAAUCUCCAGUCGUGCAAGCAGCUGCUACGAUGCAGGCGGGAGGAGAUGAAGAAGCUCUACACGGAUGCCGUGCGGCACAAGUAUGUGCUGGAAAUGCUCGACCAGGUCAACGAACUGCGCAAGACUCCUCAACAGAUGGCUUCUUUCAUGACGAAGAAGCACUAUCUGCACGCAACCAAGUUACUAAUGUCAGCAAUCGAAACCACUGAAGGUCCACUGAAAGAGGUUGAAGGGUUGAACGAUAUCCGACAAGACUUCCAGAACAAACGCCAACAGCUCUAUAGCAGGCUGCUUGAUGAACUGAAUAAACACCUUUACGUGUCCAGCACGGCGGAAGUGUUGCAGAACUUCAAUCGGCAGGCGUCCGGCAGAAACAGCCAACAUGCCAAUAACGCAACCAGCGGAGCUUCUCCUUUUCAAAGAAACGUUUUGAGACGCUCUGCGGAACGGAUAGAAGCGAAUACGAAAGCUAGGAAAGCGCUAUUUGAAAUAGCACAGAAUGGCUAUCUUGAUGUUGACAAAAGUGAAACCAUCGAAGACACAGAUCUGCUCGAUCCCGACGUCAAUUCAACUUACUUUAUAGGAAUUAUUAUUGAGUGCUUUGCUUUGCUGAAUAAAGUGCCUGAAUCUAUAGAGUCAAUAAGAGUACAAAUGCAGAGUGAGUUGUUGGCAAUUGUUACAAAAUCUACUCAAUACAUUAUCAUGCUCAACCAGCAGCACACUCAAAAUCAGCAACAGCAUCAGUAUGGAUCCUCAACCAACAACGCAGAAGAGCUUAAAGAGCAGACAGUUCCAAUUCUGGAACUGUUGGACGUGGUGUUUAAACAGUUCAAGCUGAUAGCAACAGCUCACCAAAUGGCGCUUAAAAACUAUCAUAACGUAAUCCAUCGAUACGGCCUUCCGCAGACCAAAGCGUACGAUCUGAUUGAAUACUGGGGUCAGGCUCAGGCGGUGCUGAAGCUGGUGCUUACCGAUUACUUGGAUAUCCAGAACGAUAGCAGCGAUGAGCUGAUGCGUGUUCAAUUCACUGAUCAGGCGACCAAUAUCAACACGUUCUUUAGCCGACGGAAGAUGCAGGCCAAGAAAAUGCUGUUCAAGUUUGACAAAUCCUCUCAUACGGCCUCACUGGAACCGGACUCUAGUUCCAAAGAGCACCGGCGUAAUCCAUCGAACGUUUCCAACUCCACCGCAAAGGAAGACGUAUUGAAUCAGUCCGGCGGUAACGGACUAAAUUUGUUGAACGCUAGUUUUAAUAAGCACAUGACAGGAUCCGAUCGGAAGAAAGCCGAACGAUCACUGGUCUGCCCACCGGAUGCGGCUUUGGUGCGACAGAUAUAUCUUCCAAUGAUGGGUUACAUUCAUGAAAUCGAAAGUUUUAUGAAAUGCAAAUCUGGGCAAUUGUGUAGUUUGAAUACCUUCUUGGCAAACUAUGUGAAGGAUGCUUAUCUAGCGAGAGGGCACAAUCGGAACCUGCAGCUGACCAUUGAAUCACUCUCGAAAACACAGGACGCAUGGCGCUCGAUCAUCUCACCAGAGGAGAUGAAACGAUUGGGGCUGACGAGACCGUUGCUUCAAAACACCGUAAUGGUCGAGAGUCGAAUUUCCGAAACCAAGAAACUCAUUCUCGAUCUACCAACGUAUUCGGAUGAGCUGCUUAAAAUGGUGUGUGCGCUGCUGAAGACUUACAGGGAAACCUGCCAGGCGGCCUAUCGAGGAAUCGUUCAACCUGAGACAGAAGACAAACGAAUUUAUAGCGUGGCGUGGCUGAAGGACGAUGAUAUUACGCGAUUUCUCAAAUCACUCCCAAACUGGACAGAUCUCAAAACGUCCAACGUUCGCCACAAGCAGUCUUCGGGUCAGAAGCGGUUAAUGAACACGGAACCCUCGGAGGAAGAAAGCCCGACAGCGGUUCAGCAGCGGAACGUUCGCGAAGCUGAAAUGCUCACUAGUAAUCUAAGCGAGGGUGGAAUUUCUCAGCAGGAAAUCCUCUCCGACGUUGGGGUUCUCAAGGAGCUGGCAAUUCUGCAGGAGAGCAUGGAGUGGUUCGCUGGCAGAAUCACCGAUUUUGCCAACGAUUUGCGGAAGCCAAUCGUGAACGGAUUGCUGUCGGUCGGCGGAAUUAAUUCCUCGCCGGUGGUCGUUAAGGACGGUAUGAUCAAGGUACUAGUGAACUUGGCUCUCGAAUUUGAGGAGCUAGCGAACACAUGUCUACUGGUGUUGCAUUUGGAAGUAAGAGUGCAAUGUUUUCAUUACUUGAAAUCGAAUCCUUCCGACAAGUUUAAGUCAAACAACCCAAACAAAAGCGACUCACUAGAGCCGGAUGCGAAGGUGUUGAAACUGACGAAGGUGUUGUCCGAUAUGGACGAGGCGCUGAGUUCCACUUUGCACACGAGGAAGACAAAGUAUAUAUUUGAAGGACUGGCUCACCUAGCAUCUCGAAUCCUUAUAAUGACUGCGAAUUCAAUGGAGUCUAUAGACCACGCGGGGGUCCAACGUAUGUGUCGCAAUGCUCUUGCUCUCCAGCAAACACUCAGUAGUAUAACUGCCUCCAGGGAAGUAGCCCUGGAUUAUGCUAGGGCGUUUUAUGAAAUGUUUUACCUAGAUCCAGAUGAAAUUUUAACCUCCAUAAUCGAAAAAGGAUCCCAGUUCACCGAGAUGCAGUAUCUGAAUGCGAUGCAUUUGGUAUGCAAGAAUCGAGGCAUCACAGAUCAGAACACGCUGGCUGCCUAUCAGCAGAAGCUGAGCGAUGUGCUCGGAACUAAGCCUGGUCUCGGGAUCACGGUAUAAGACGUAAUCCAACGUAGUAGGUAUCUCAAAACGAAUAGGAAGUGUUGUUUAGAUUCGAAAUUAUGUGUAAUUGGUAAGCAAAUGUUAUCGCUACUAGCGGAAGAUAUCAAAACAAACCCAUACAGAUUAUUAUUAGAGAGUUUAUGCGAACAGCGCUAAGCUGUAUCAUGCGCUACUAGUGAUUAUUAAAAUAUCGUGGCGGCCGGAGUAACGAGUACACGUGUUCAUCUUGAAGUGAUUAUUACAAGAUAUGAAGGAGGCAUGUUAAAACAGUGACUAGAAAGCCUUGCGUUUAGUCAGUUUGAAACUUAUUAUUUUUCGCACAUUAAUUUUGAUUAACUUAUUUUGGCUUUGAACAGAUUAUUUGAAUCGAAGCGCAAAUAAAUCGCUAAUUACUAUGCUGCAAGCAACAAAACAAAACUAGGCUGCGAACGAAGUUAAAUGAAGUAAACAGUCAAACACUAAAAGUAUAC